AUGAUUUCGGCAGUGUCAUGGAUACCGAGGGGCGUUGCAAAAGCUGUACCGACAGUAGCACAACCAACAGAAGAAGAGAUGGAAGCUAUGCGGGCUCAGAUAGAGGCGGAAGGGGAAGGCGAAGAUGAUGACGAAGAUGACGCCGAGGCUUCCGAAACGGACUCUGACAAUAUGGAUAGCGAUGAUCCUGCUAAGGACGAGCCUGUGGAUGAGGCAGUUGCCCGCGCCCGGGCCGUGGCAUCAGCGAUGGCCUCUUCGCGAGCCGCCGGCGGCGGCAAAUCUUCCGCUGGCACCGGCGGACUAGAAGACGCCAUGCGCGAACUCGAUAUGGACCACUACGACGACGCCGGCGAUGACGACGCCGACGUCAUCAACCGCGUCCUCGGCACGUCAGGGCGAGCCCGGCUCGAGUACGCUGCCGGCGAGGACGACCCCUACCUAAAACUCGGCGACGACGACAGCGAAAUCGAGGACUUCACCCUUCGCCCCACAGACCUCAUCAUACUCUCCGCCAAAAACGAAGACGACGUCAGCAAUUUGGAGGUCUGGGUAUACGAGGAGGCCGACGCAAGCGGCGAAGCCAACCUGUACGUCCACCACGAAGUGCUGCUGCCCGCCUUCCCGCUCUGCGUCUCCUGGCUCGACUGCGACCCCGGGGGGGACCCGGCCCGCCGCAAUCUGGUGGCGGUGGGCACCCUGGAGCCCGCCAUUGAAAUAUGGGAUUUAGACGUGGUGGAUACGGUGGAGCCGGUGCUGUGUCUAGGCGGUGAGAAGAAGAAGAAGAAAAAGAAGAAGAAGAAGGCCUCCAAGCCCAAGCUGCAGCCCGGCAGCCACGAGGACAGCGUGUUGGGCCUGUCAUGGAACCGGGAGUACCGCAACGUGUUGGCGUCGGGGAGUGCGGACUGCACCGUCAAGGUGUGGGACCUGGUGAAGGGCGUCUGCGAGCACACCCUGCGGUGUCACACGGACAAGGUCCAGGCGGUGGCGUGGAACCCCGCGGAGUCCCCUGUGCUGCUCACCGGGUCCUUCGACCGGAGCGUGUGUCUGGCGGAUGCCCGCACCCCCCAGGGUGACCCCGCGCGUUGGCGUGUCUCCGCCGACGUGGAGGCGCUGUGCUGGAACCCGCACGACCCGACCUGCUUCCUGGUGUCCUCUGAGGACGGCAUCGUGGCGCAUUACGAUGCAAGAAAGGGCGCAGGUGGGUGCCUGUCUGACGCCUCGUUGUUCCGGUUGUCCGCCCACGACAAGCCCGCCUGCACGUUGAGCUUCUGUCCGGCGGUGCGCGGGCUUCUGGCCACGGGCUCUACAGACAAGAAGGUCAAGCUGUGGGACCUGGCCGGCAAUGCGCCCCACCUCGUGUGCACCCAGGACCUCAACACGGGGGCGGUAUUCUCGGCGGCCUUCUGCGGGGAUGCGCCGUACUUGUUGGCGGCGGGAGGGGCGGGCGGGGAGGUGGUGGUGUGGGACGUGCGCGCUCACUCCGCAGUCGCGGCCAAGUACCCUGCCUUUGCUGCCACCUUGCCUGCAGGCGCCUCGCAACAGGAGGACGACUAG